AUCGUUUGCGUACAUGACAUGUUGUGUCUAAUAAACAGAACGCUAGUAAGGUCAUGAAGUCGCGCGAUAAGACAUUUACAUUUCGUACGGCAAUCGGUCAAUUUAGUCGCGUCGAGGUCCCUCAAAAGUCAACAAACCAAUGUGCACCAACAAUCAUCCAGUGCCAAUGAGUUAAAACCGUCAAACGCCACCCCUUUGGACAGAUGAAGCUUACGCAUCAAAAUGUAAUUGACAUAUACUAAAAAUAUGGCGAGUGAUAGUUGUCUUACUUGGUUUUCGAUAUUGACGUAAAAAUCAAACAAAAUAAAUUUCAAAAAUAAUAAAGAUGGACCACCUAAAGUACAAAAACAACAAAAACAGUCCAAAAUGAGACGCCGAAAAAGAUGGGUGACGAUAUGCCAACUGAUCAUAGGUGUAGUGUUCAUCCUGACGGGCACAUUCUUAUACUUCCAGUUCGAGUGGCUGUACGACAAGAUUUUAAACACAGCCCUGACAAUCUCCCCAACAUCCACGGCAUUCAAAGUGUGGAGAAAAAACGACCCACCCCUGAUAAUGGACAUUUACCUCUUCAACUGGACCAACCCUGAGGACAUCAGAGUGCCAGGUGUCAAGCCCAGAUUGCAGGAGAUCGGGCCGUACAGGUUCAAGGAGGUUAAGGAAAAAAUGAACAUAACGUUCGACGAUGCGAAAAAGACUGUUAGUUACAUGCAUCGCAAGUUGUAUCACUUCGAUGCCGAAAAUAGUGUUAGGAAUUUAAGUGAUGUGAUAACUACUUUAAAUGCCGUUCCUUUGGCCAUAGCUUAUAAGUUUAGAGAUGCGAAUAUAUUUGUAAAAAAAGGCAUUUCUUUUGGUUUAUCGAGCAUGGGAACAAAAGUUCACGUGACCAAAACAGCGGGUGAAAUUUUGUUUGAUGGGUAUAAAGAUGAUAUUUUAAGUGCACUGAGCUGGCUACCUAUCAAUGACGUAAAGGAAAAAUUUGGAAUAUUUUAUGGGAAAAAUGGUACGAUAGGCAAUGACGGCAGAUACGUAAUGUCCGUUGCAAAUGACAAAAACUUCGGUAAACUAUUAUCUUGGAACGACAGAAAAGAAACGAACUUUUACACUGGCCAAUGCAACAGCAUGAAGGGCUCCGCUGGAGAGUUUUACCCGCUGAACAGAAAAAGGGACCGCAUUCAGUUUUACUCCUCUGAAUUGUGUCGACUGGCAACGUUGGAGUACGAAAGAGACGUCGUUAUUAAAGGAGUGCAAGCUUAUAGAUACACCGCCAGGAAUAUUUUCGACAACGGUACCCUAAGGAAAGAAAACGCUUGCUUCUGCACUGGGGAAUGUCAACCCAGUGGCGUCCUAAACGUCUCGAAUUGUCGUUUGAACUCGCCAAGUUUUCUUUCUUUUCCUCAUUUUUACAAUGCAGAUCCGUAUUACACGGAAGCUGUAGAGGGUCUGAACCCUAAUAAUCCAAAACACGAGUUUUACAUUACAAUGCAGCCAAAAACUGGAAUUAUUAUGGAUUUAAGUGCCAAAAUGCAGCUAAAUUUCUUACUAAGGCCAGAUGAUUCAAUAUCAAUAUACAACGACGUGCCAAAAAUCUUCUUCCCAAUCUUCUAUUUUGACCAAGACGUGAGGAUGAGAGACGAACUGGCGCAAAACUUGCUCAUGAUUCAGAAUUUACCUGAAUACAGUAAUUAUUUGAUAAUGAUUUUGAUGUUUUUGGGUGUUUUGAACAUCGCCUGGUUCGUCUGCUCAGUUUUUUACUGCCGAAAAACGAAAUUCCCCCAGAAUACUCAAAGUGGCGAAGAAGUUCCUUUACAAGAAAACGUUAUCAAGCAAGGUUUAGUUUUAGUGAAUUAGUGAUAUUAUUUUUAAGACAAUAAAG